CCUUGACAGCGAUGGACCAGGUCGAAUACUUAUUGUGCCAGGUCAGGCCUCGCCCUGAAUGGAUACGGUAAAUACGGCAGUCGACCACCACUGGAUCAGGUAUUGUUGUGAAAUAACCUUUUCGGGUUUGAUGAUCGGUAAUCUUCAGCCAAUCGCCAGUCCACUCUGACUGCUGAUCCACCCCCUGUGACCAAUGACCACGACUGAUCACCACGCACCAACCGAGGCUUGAAACACUUCGGUCAGGGGAUGAAACGACUGAUGGUGGACAAGUGGGAACCAGCCAGAAUUCUUGAAGGAACGAUGGUGUGAAAACGCAAGAUGCAACAAGGAUCGCUUCCGAAUAGGAAACUGGGUAACAGAGAAGUGUACAGCGCUUUAAGGAAUGACCCCCUCAAUAGGUGCACAGAAUACAGAUAUACACCCUGACCCAAAGACAAGCCAAAGGAGGAGCAGAAAGACAGAAUGCAAUAGGGAAAGAGAGAGGGCCUUGGACAACCAUUCUGGAGAUUGAAGAGGCUAUAUAUCACUACAAUGGUGAGCCAAGGCCUUGAUCAACAUUUCGUUGUGGCCAGAUUCCUGUCGAACGUGUCUCAACUAUGUACGCGAGCUUUUUCUUUUCUUUUCUUUUCGUCUGUGGCCAACGCCUUGUUUUGCUUUUUUCUGGCUGUUUACUUCAGCCCUUCCCAGAGAUUGACAAGAGCUCUCCGAGAAUGAUCAAAAUAUGCGGGUUCCUAUUCGCCAUCUAAACAAGAGACCGCGUGGUAG